UGUUCCCGCCCAAGUUCACUGCUAGUCGAUUCUCCUUCUUCUUCUUCUUCUUCUUCAAGCGACUUCGAGAGACUGAGCGAAAGCUUCGCUUCUCUCUCUCUCUCCACGAAGUCUCGGUAGUCGACAUUUCUGAUCGAGCCUCACCUCUCCCUGGAUCGCCGAAGUCUGCGCUUGCUGCGUCUUCAGAAUCAGAUGAGUGGCAAUCGCAGUUAUGGAAGUAACUUCUUUACAAGCAGCCAAUCAAGGAAAAUUUCCAUAGGAAUUAUGGUGGACUCAUCAGCAAGGAGGAUACCUGGACCAGUGAGGGACGAUGAGGGUUCAGUGCCAACUGAGUUUGGUGUAGACGCUAACAAACAAGAUUUACCUGGAGGAGGUGUAGCAGCUAUUGACAGAGCAAGGCAAAAUGAAUGUCAGGAGCAUGAAGGAUCCCCAUGGAUUACCAAGAGAUCUAAUUACAAAAACUCAGCAGGCUCAGAAAGUGUAUUGCGUGCAAAGCUUACUGGAACUAAAACAGACAAAAAUGAGAUGCACAGCAAAGCCAAUGGAUUGAAAGGUGCACCAGUGGAUCACUCAGUUCAACUUUUUCCCAAACAGGCCUCAGUUUUACAGUCUGAUCAUGUCAGCCAGAAAAGGUUCGAUGACCACAAGAUGAAUGAAGAGAGGAAUGAAAUUGCAGAGACUGUGCAUAAGUGUGCAUCUUCGACUGUAAGGGUAGCGCUUACAUCAAAUGGAACAACUCUGGGGGACAGGACUGGAAGUAAAGUGAAGAAUCAAAGUGAAUCUUUGAGGAUCAAGCUCCGGGAGUUGCUGGAAACUGUUUCCUCACCUAACAAAGAGAAGUCCAGCUGGCAGCCUGUUGAGGUUGGUGUCACCUCGCUUCAGUCAGAGCAGAACUUGAAUCGAACAGUUGAUACAGUUGCUAAGCCUAAACAAAAUUCAGAUACGAUAGAGAACGAUUCUGAAAGCCCAGAUUGUUCAAAUAGAAGGCCAGUGACUCGAGCUUUGACCCGAAAAAAAGCCUCAAGUAAGUCACGUCUGAAGAAAUUAGAAAGUGGCCUUCUCUCGUCUUACAAACAGAAAUCCAAGGAAAGAAAUAGCUUUAGGUUUGAAGAGGGGCACAUUGGAAUACGAGGCACUGCCAAAGGAAGUUCUUCAAAAGUUAUCAGCAACCAGAAAACUGGGAGAAAAUAUGCCAGAACUGAUCCACGGAAGCUUUCAUUUUCGUCAAAGAACAAUCAGGAUGAGAAUCAGCGCUCAACUGACAGAAAUAAAAAUUCACCAUCAGAGGAAAGAUCAUCUCCACAUGGUUACAGAAGACGAAGCUUGCUUAACGUCACUUUGCCUGUCGACAUCAAACCAAAAAAGAUUUGUCGAGAAAAAGAUCUCCCGAAGCAACCAGCAGUAAGCAAACCAUGUCAGCAUGAAGCUAUUAACAGCCCAGCUUUAGCCAAUAAUAAGGACCAGAGAGAAUGUACUGGUAACACAUUCCCAAAAGUUUAUGUUGAUCAACAAGAUGAUUCCCCAAGUCCAACACUUCAAAGAACUCGGAUGGCGGGCUCCUCGCCAAGUCCAUUGACUCAAGAAGACCAGGUGGAGCAGGAAGCUGGUAAUUUUGUGCGAGGAAAAGGAAUUUUUGACAAGGAAGAUAUCUUCGGCUUCAAGAGUUUUCAUUCAAGGAAGCUUCAAGAUGGAUCUAGGGUGCAAUCUGAAGCUUUUGAAGUUGCAAAGGAGCUUCCAGAUUCUCCUCUGAGAAAUGCAGUCCUUUCGAAGGAGAAAGACGUAGAUCAUAGCUCAUCUGAAUCAUCAUCUGAAGAGAAAGAGUCAGAGAGCUCUGAGGAAGAAGGUCCUCACAAAGAGGAGGCAUUCUCACCAGAAACUGGUGUUGCUGAGAAACUGAAGUUUAUGCUGCAUAGAACUAAGAGGCAGUGCAGUGAUGGAGGAAUUAAGUCUUGUGACUCUGAUCCCGCCUCAAGCUCUCCAAAAGAGACUGGAGAAAGCAAUUUGCUGCGACAUACAGUGGAAGAAAAUACAGAGGAUGGACAUGCAAGGGAUUUUGGAUUGCUUGCCUUGGCCUUAGAGAAGCUUAAAAGCAAGUUGAAGUCAGUUACCAGGAAGAAGUCUGCUGAAAUUAUGACAUCCGUUACUGAGAGGAUUCGUGUGCAACUGCAAACUGUUGAGUCUCAAAUUCAAUCAGACAUGGGGAAGCUUAAAAGCCUAAACAAACAAAAAAGGAAACGUCUAGAAACAGAAUUCCAAGAGCAAGAUGAACAACUCAACUUGAUUCACGGGAAUUUCAUAAAAGAAAUUAAUCGGCACCUUCAGAGUUUCAAAGGGACAAUUGAAGGUCUUGAGAAGAACAAAUUACAGUUGGCAGAAGUUAUGGAGAAGCAGAAAGCUUCACACAAGAAACUUAUCUUGCAACUGGAAGAAGCAAUUGGGACCCAACUCCAUGAUGCUGAGAAAAGGAUCUCAGACAUGAACAAGUUGGCGAGGGAGCAAAUGCUCCAGUUGAAACUUGUCAUGGAGAAGUGUUUAGAAGGCGGACUUCUAUCUUGAAAUCGAGUCUACUUUGGUUGGCAAACGGCAUCCGCUCUGGGGACCGGUUUGGAGGAUGGUAAACCAUACGAAGAGCCUGAAACUAAUCAGUCUUUCUAAUCUGAAACAUCUUUCAUACUUUAUGCUUUUGCUUGUACAUUCUCAUAUUUAGAUCUCCACCAUCGACGGUGGUAACGUAGGCCCACUCCGUUCUUGAUAUUGCUUUUUGAGGGUAACAAGGUUAUAGA